UCCAUCGAUCUUCCUGGUCUCGAGUCACGCGUUUGUCUACACCUUCUUCAAAUCGAAAAAACCCUCCUCUCUCUCUCUCUCUCUCUCUCCCCCACCACCAAAGAAAUUAGAAAAAUCUUUUCAUUCAAGUCCUUUUCUUUUUGCUCUUCUCUCAGAUUCGUUAACAAUGGCGUCUUCUCCGCCGGUGCUUCCGAUCUCCAAUUCCCAGCCCCCCGUACCCGUUGCGGCCACCGGAGCUGGAUCUGCCCAGUCUCAGGCUCCGAUCCAGACACCGGCGUCCCGCGCAUUCAUCGGCCACAUCUCCGAUUCUCUCCGCCACGGCCUCUCCCAGCGCCGCCCUUGGUCGGAGCUCUUCGACCGCUCCGCUUUCGCCAAGCCGGAGUCGUUCUCCGACGCCACACUCCGCGUCCGCAAGAACUACUCCUACUUCCGCGUCAAUUACAUGGCGAUCGUUGCCGCCAUUCUCGCCGUCUCGCUCCUCACCAAUCCGAUCUCUCUCCUCGUUCUCCUUGGUCUUCUCUCGGCCUGGCUCUUCCUUUACCUUUUCCGUCCCUCCGAUCAGCCUCUCGUCAUCUUUGGCCGUACAUUUUCCGACACGCAGACGCUCUGGGGCCUGAUCGGGCUCAGCAUCUUCGUCGUCUUCCUCACCAGCGUCGGAUCCGUCAUUAUCUCCGCUCUUAUGCUUGGAUUCGCCGCUGUCUUCGCGCACGGGGCUUUUAGGGUUCCUGAGGACCUCUUCUUGGACGAGCAGGAGAAUUCCGCCUCCACCGGUUUCCUCUCCUUCCUCAGCGGCGCGGCUUCCAAUGCUGCCGCCGCCGCGGCACCUGCCGUCGUCGCCGCUCGUGUCUGAUGAUUAAGCUCCUACCUAAUUGUCGCUGAUGGAGGAGAAGUCGAGUUUGGGUAAUUCGUAUAUAAACACACAUUCUUCGUUCUUUUUGUUCAAUUGGAAUUCUUAGCUUUCCGUAGAGACAAUAAAGUUGACGUUUUUGUCCUAUAAAUCUAAGUUUGAUAGAGAUGCAAUCUAUAUGGAUCUGUGUUAUACAACAUUCAGAACUUUUUAUCGCUGGAUCUAUUAGUUCUUUGUUUUCUUUUUCUGUUUGUGGAUUUCAUAUGAUACAAUCUGUAUCUUACAUUUUGAUAAA